AUGUUGGACAUUAACGCAUUCAUUGUUGAAAAAGGAGGAGAUCCAGAAAAGAUCAAGACCUCACAAAAGAAAAGAGGUGCAUCUGUAGAAUUAGUUGAUGAAAUUAUUAGUGACUACAAGGAUUGGGUCAAAAUUAGAUUUGAUUUAGAUGAGCAAAAUAAGAAAUUAAACGCAGUUCAAAAACAAAUUGGUCAAAAAUUCAAAGCUAAGGAAGAUCCAGCUGAGUUACUUAAGGAGAAAGAUCAAUUGACUGAAGAAAAGAAACAACUUAUAGAGCGUGAAGCUAAUACUGAUAAAGAAUUGAGAAAUAAAGUUAAUCAGGUGGGAAAUUUAGUUCAUGAAUCAGUUGUUGAUUCAAUGGAUGAAGCCAACAAUGAAUUAAUCAAGACUUGGGUGCCUGAAGGAUAUAAGGAACCAGCACAAGUUGCUGCUGGAUCUAAUGCACCAGCUAAUUUAUCUCACCAUGAAGUAUUGUUACGUUUAGAUGGAUAUGAUCCAGAAAGAGGAGUUAGAAUUGUUGGACAUAGAGGGUACUUUUUAAGAAACUAUGGUGUCUUCCUCAACCAAGCAUUGAUCAACUACGGUCUUUCAUUCUUGUCCAAAAAGGGUUAUGUUCCAUUACAAGCACCAGUAAUGAUGAAUAAGGAAGUUAUGGCCAAAACCGCCCAAUUAUCCCAAUUCGAUGAAGAACUUUAUAAAGUUAUUGAUGGAGAAGAUGAAAAAUAUCUUAUUGCCACUUCUGAACAACCAAUUAGUGCCUAUCAUGCCGGAGAAUGGUUUGAAAAACCUCAAGAACAAUUACCUAUUAGAUAUGCUGGUUAUUCAUCAUGUUUCAGAAGAGAAGCUGGAUCACAUGGUAAAGAUGCAUGGGGUAUUUUCCGUGUUCAUGCAUUUGAAAAAAUUGAGCAAUUUGUAUUAACUGAACCUGAAAAGUCUUGGGAAGAAUUUGAUAGAAUGAUUGGUGCAUCAGAGGAAUUUUAUCAAUCUUUGGGUUUACCAUAUAGAGUUGUUGGUAUUGUUUCAGGAGAAUUAAACAACGCUGCUGCUAAAAAAUACGAUUUAGAAGCAUGGUUCCCAUUCCAAAAAGAAUAUAAGGAAUUAGUUUCAUGUUCCAAUUGUACUGAUUAUCAAUCAAGAAAUUUGGAAAUCAGAUGUGGUAUUAAACAACAAAACCAAACAGAAAAGAAAUAUGUUCAUUGUCUUAAUUCAACUUUAAGUGCAACUGAAAGAACAGUUUGUUGUAUUUUGGAAAAUUAUCAACGUGAAGAUGGGUUGGUUGUUCCUGAAGUAUUAAGAAGAUAUAUUCCUGGUGAACCUGAAUUUAUUCCUUAUGUUAAAGAAUUGCCAAAGAAUUCAACUUCUCAAAAAAGAAAGUAA